AUGAUCGAUCUAUCAUCCUUCGGGCCAUGCCCACCGACAACCCGAGAGCUCACACCGCGCUUGCAGGCAGUAAAAUACGGGAAGUCGGUCAGCUUCGAUGACCUGAAUCGCUACGAAAGUGCUGUCACCCGCUCGUCUGAUGGCCUCAGAGAGCUGCGGCAGACAGAGGCUCAGGCCGCCCAGGCAAGGGCAGCAGCGAGUGUUCCGGCCACUCAAAUGUGCAGCCAGAGAUGGAGGCAGGCCCUACUGAUGGCAUGCAUCUUGAUCGGCUUCUUCUUCUCUCUCCUAGAUACCACUAUUGUAUCGACUUCGCUUCUUGCCGCAUCGGAAGAUCUCAGCGGUUUCCGCGACUCUUCUUGGGUGGUCUUGGCUUACCUGCUGACUUAUAUGGGGAUCGGCGGAGCGGGUCUCUACAGCCUGACCACGAUUGCCCUGCCGGAAGUUGGCCCCGGUCAUCGCCCAGAGAUUAUUGGCAAGAUUAUCGGCAUCACACUCUCCGUGUCGUUCAUCAUUGGUCCGAUCCUCGGCGGUAUUAUACCGCAGAUCUCGACCUGGCGCGUGAUAUACUGGCUCAAUGCUCCGUUUGCCAUUGUCACCAUCACAGGACUCGUCUUUCUGUUUCCCCCGGAAAACCGAAGCCGGCUUGGCCCACGCCGUUCUCUUGGCAGACUCGACAUCAUCGGAAGUUUUUUGCUGCUGGCAAGCACGGUGUUGCUUGUAAUUGCGCUUCAAGAGGCUGGCUCGCUGGUGGUGGCAUGGAACAGCCUGCUGGUUCUGGUGAGCCUGACGCUGGCGGCAGUCAGCCUUGCGCUGUUUAUAGGCUGGGAGUCUCUGCUAUGGUCUGGAAGCAAUUGGGGGAUCGAGCCUGUCUUCCCCCUCCGGCUCUUGCAGAACCGGGUAUAUUCUGCCUGUCUCAUUGACAAGUUCUUGAUCGGCUGCGUGUAUCUCUGCCUCGUUAUCACCGUCCCGCAGAGAUUUCAGAUCGUCAAUGGUGCGAGCGUGUUCAAGACGGGCGUGCAUCUGUUGCCGAUGCUUGGCGGCACAGCUGGCGGCUGUCUCGUCUCGGGCCCGAUUAACGCGAAAAAGAAUCGGACGGCGCCAGUGGUUGUUGUUUCGUGUGUUUUCAUGGCCGUGAGCACCAGCCUCCUGGCCACGGUCAACAGAAUCGACUACCCGGCAGGCCCAAUGUACGGGUUCCUGACACUAUUCGGGUUUGGGUUUGGGCUGUUCAUGUCCGCCGGCACGAUGCUGUCAACGGCGCAGGCUUCAACGGGAGACCAUGCCGUAGCCCAAGGAGCGAUUUCGCAACUCCGACUUCUAGGCGGCAUCCUUGGGCUGACCUCCUUCACCAUCAUUUUUAACAGCUCCAUACAGUCGGCCGACAUGGCGGACGGGCUCAGUCCCGGACAGUUGGAGGUGCUGCGGCGCUCGCCGUCGGCUCUGGUCGAGAUGUGGCCAGAGCUGCAGGACCUGAUUCGGGGCACAUACUGCGCUGCGUUCCACAAGAUGGCAUCGAUCAUGGCAGGGGUCACGGGACUGGCACUGCUGGUCAGCCUUGGGACGCUGGAGAAGAGUCCGCCUCCAAUACACGGCAGUCUGGCGGACGAGAAGGCGCAUUUUCCCGAUCGGGGAACGAGCGACAUGAAGCUGGAUGACGAGGCUAGCGACCGAUCCCUCGUGGCGUUUCAUGUCCCGGUCGUUGCAGAGCCAUUGCCAACACUGUCGACAAAUCGGCGUUAG